UAGCUCUCUCUCUCUCUCCCUGUCUCUCUCCUUCUCUCCCUCCCUCAUAAGCAUUUUCUUACUCAUUUUGGGGAACACAGACCAACAGUCACUCUGCCUGCAACAGAGCGGGAGAGGGAGUGAUAGAGGGAGGUAGAGACAGGGCUUGCUGGGUUUUAUUAAUGCACUGUAACUCCAUCAGGCCUGCGGACCCUCUGCGGCCCCGCGGCAGCAUGGCGGCCCUGCGGGCUGUGAUCUUGCUGUGGGCGUGUGUUCUCCCUGUGAGGGGCCAGGGGGGCGUGGCCCAGACCACCUGCCAGGUGUUGUGCUCUCAGCACGGCUGUGUUAACCACUGCUCUGCUGGGAACCUCACCUCUCUGCCCAGCACACACACGCGCUCACACACGCACGCGCGCUCACAGACACACUCACGCACCCGAGGAGAAGCACAGUCAGCCUUCAGAGUCUCUGUGUGUCCUCUCUGUAACAACGGGGGAGUGUGUGUCCAGAGAGAUCGAUGUCUCUGUCCUCCUUCCUUCACCGGGAAGUUUUGCCAGCUCCCCGCCCCUACCCAGCAUGGUCCCGCCCCCUCGCCAGGAGCCAAUCAGGUGCGGACCCAAUCAGAAUACCUCCUCCCUCUGCAGAGCCGUCCAAUAAGAGAGGAGCAGACAGUAAGAGGCGCCACUAGGUUGAGGACACAGCACCCCCUGCAGGCCAGCCUUAAAAUAACCCAGGUGGGGAAGGUGUUGGGGUCCGGUCCUGGCCAGCAGAGCGAGGCGGGACCCCCGGCGCCUGCAGGACUGAGGGUCCAGGCCCAGACCAUGCGGGGGGCUGGAACCUACACCCAGGAAUCAGGCUUCAAAUACUGCUUCAGACAGGUGACCGACAAACAGUGUGGUUCACCUCUUCCUGGUCUGCGGAGCAAGGAGACGUGCUGCCGGGGGGUGGGGAAAGCCUGGGGUAUCACUGAGUGUGUUCUCUGUCCCCCCCACUCAGGUCACCAAGGCAACAGCAGCUGUCCGGCUGGCUUUCACAGAGUCAAUGGAACAGAGUGCGUUGAUGUAAAUGAGUGUGAGGAGCCCGGUGUGUGUGAACAUGGUAUGUGUGUGAACACUAGAGGCAGCUACAGCUGUGUGUGCAGGGCGGGGUACAUUCUUGAUGCAUCUCACGGAAUCUGCAUCUCCCAGAGGGUGAUAUCGGAGGAGAAAGGCCAGUGUUACCGGGUGCUUGGGCCGGGCAAUGGUCCGUCCUCCUGCUCGCUCCCCAUCCUCAAGAACAUCACAAAGCAGAUCUGCUGCUGCAGCCGCGUGGGCAAAGCCUGGGGGGCCCACUGCCAGCGCUGCCCCUACUUCGCCUCACUGGAGUUUAAGGACAUCUGCCCAGCUGGUCCUGGGUACCACUACUCAGCCUCCGCACUGCAGUUCCACCAGAGGGCCAGCGGGAGUGCUCAGCUGGUAACUCCGGGCAACCAGGCUAACCAGGACCACCAGCCUGCAAGGACCAGCAUCCAGACACAGAGCUCCAACACGGGUUCUGGGUUCCAGCCGCAGACCCCGUCCUCCAAAGGGGAAACUGGACCUCCUCUGCGUUCAGCUGGGUCCAGUGGUUCUACUGGUUCCAGUGGUUCUGCUGGGUCCAGGAGUUCUGCUGGGUCAAACGUUGCUACUGGGACCAGGGGCUCUGCUGGUUCCAGUGGUUCUGCUGGGUCAAGCGUUUCUACUGGUUCAAGUGGUUCUGCUGGGACCAGUGGUUCUCCUUGGUCCAGAGGCUCCGCUGGAUCCAGUGGUUCUACUGGUUCCAGGAAUUCUAUUGGGUCCACUGGUUCUGCUGGGUCAAGCGUUUCUACUGGGACCAGUGGAUCUACUGGAACCAGUGGUUCUUCUGGGUCCAGAGGCUCUGCUAGUUCCACUGGUUCUGCUGGGUCAAGCGUUUCUACUGGAUCCAUUGGUUCUGCUGGAUCAAGUGUUUCUAUUGGUUCAAGUGGUUCUACUGGGUCCAGUGGUUCUGCUGGAUCAAGUGUUUCUAUUGGUUCAAGUGGUUCUACUGGGUCCAGUGGUUCUGCUGGGUCAAGCGUUACUACUGGGACCAGGGGUUCUCAGGCGUCCAGUGGUCCUGAUCGGGGGGUCAGCAGCCCAGCCCAAGCUGCCCUCCCCGUCCCCCAAUCUAAAGCAGACAGCGUUCCUGUAAGAGCACCAGUGGUUCCGAAACAGACCUCGAGACCAGCGGCCACUAUACCCAAAACUGCAGGAGGUCAGUUCCCAUCUGCAUCACGUCCUUUCAACCCAGCAGGUCGCGGGGACUGGCCCCGGCCCCUCCCCCCUCCAAUUCAGCCAACCGUGCGGGCCGGUAGAGUCCAGGCCACCGUGCAGAGUGCAUGUGACAGGCCAGGUGUGUGCGGCGCUGGGCGCUGUGUGGCUCUGGCGGGAGGAAGACACACCUGUAGGUGUGAAGAAGGAUACGAGCUGAACAGUCAGAGGACACACUGCAGAGAUAUGGACGAGUGUCAGCUGGGUCCCUGUAGCAACGGUCGCUGUGACAACACUCCUGGCAGCUACAAGUGUGUUUGUCACCGUGGUUACCACCUAGAAGGAAACUCCUGUACAGAUCUAGAUGAGUGUGAGGACCCACUGCGCUGUCCUGGUCAGGAGUGUGUGAACAACCAGGGGUCUUACAGAUGUGUUUCCUGUCAAUCUGGAUAUGGACUGUUGGAAGGACUCUGCAAAGAUCUAGAUGAGUGUGAGGACCCACUGCGCUGUCCUGGUCAGGAGUGUGUGAACAACGAGGGGUCUUACAGAUGUGUUUCCUGUCAAUCUGGAUAUGGACUGUUGGAAGGACUCUGCAAAGAUGUGGACGAGUGUGAGGACCCACUGCGCUGUCCUGGUCAGGAGUGUGUGAACAACGAGGGGUCUUACAGAUGUGUUUCCUGUCAAUCUGGAUAUGGACUCUUGGAAGGACUCUGCAAAGAUGUUGAUGAGUGCAUUCAGUCUCCGUGCUCAAAUGGUGGUUGUGAAAACACACCUGGGAGCUACAGGUGUGUCUGUCACCAUGGUUACCGUCUCCAAGGCAACACCUGUAAAGAUAUAGAUGAAUGUACAGAUCCCUCUCAGUGCCCAGGCCAGAUGUGUGUGAACUCUGUCGGUUCGUAUCACUGUGUGUCCUGUAGGCCAGGAUACACUCUACACAACAGACAGUGUACCGAUCUAGACGAGUGUGCGGGUGAGCGUGUGUGCGCAGCAGACCGUGUGUGCGUCAACACGCCGGGAUCCUUCAAAUGUGACUGUCUGCCUGGGUAUCGAACCACCGGCCUCACAAUGCAGUGUCAAGAUCUAGACGAGUGUGCGGGUGAGCGUGUGUGCGCAGCAGAUCGUAUGUGCGUCAACACGCCGGGAUCCUUCAAAUGUGACUGUCUGCCUGGGUAUCGAACCACCGGCCUCACAAUGCAGUGUCAAGACAUUAAUGAGUGUUCUGAGGGGGACUUCUGCUUCCCGACGGGGGAGUGUGUGAACACUGAUGGGUCGUACGAGUGUGUGUGUCAGCAGGGAUACUACCCCGGGAACAAUGGAACAGUGUGCCUGGACGAGGACGAGUGUGUGUCUCUGAGGGGUGUGUGUGGUACAGCGCGCUGCCAGAACGCGCCGGGAACCUUCUCUUGUGUGUGUGACGCGCAUGGACACGAGUUCCACGCACGCACGAGAGAGUGUGUCCUGAAACAAGUUGCAGGGCGAGCAAGUCUUCCUGUGACCUCCUCCUCCUCCUCCUCCUCCUCCUCCUCCUCCUCCUCCUCCUCCUCCUCCUCCUCCCACGAUGUAACCCCCGGUCUGGGGAGGCCCCCCCCUCCCCGAGCGGGAGGUCCCGGGGAUCUGAGGGAGUGUUACUAUAGCCUUGAGCUCAGCGCCACCUGCAGGCUGCUGGCUGCCAACACCACACAGCAGGAGUGCUGCUGCACCGUGGGGGAGGGCUGGGGGCUGGGCUGCCAGUACCUCACCUGCCCCGCCCUUAACACAGCUGAAUAUCAGUCAAUGUGUCCAAGUGGGAAGGGCUACAUCACAACCGGAUCAGCAGCUUUCAGUUAUACAGAUGUGGACGAGUGUAAGCGGUUCCAUCCAGAGGUGUGUAAAAGCGGUGUGUGCGUGAACAACAUCCCAGGAUACACCUGCUACUGCUCCAGUGGCUUCAUCUACCAUCACACACUGCUGGAGUGUGUUGACGUGGACGAGUGUGAGCAGGAGGACAGCUGCCCGGGGGGUCUGUGUGUCAACACGGUGGGCUCCUACUUCUGUACCUGUCACCCCCCCCUGGUGCUGGACCACAGCCAGCGCACCUGCAUCAACGCAACACACCACGCCGCAGAAGAGGGCGUGUCUCUGUGCUGGCAGCAGGUGUCAGCUGACCUGGUGUGCCAGAGUCCCCUGGGGAGACGACAGGUCAGCUUCCAGGAAUGCUGCUGCCUCUACGGCGAGGGGUGGGGCCUGCAGUGUGCCCUCUGCCCUGGGACCGAUACUGACGACUAUGCUCAUCUCUGUAGUUCGGUUCUGCCAAUCCCUGGCUCAAGCUUCCCGGAUCCUUUCCGAGGAGAGCCCAGUCGGAGGCUGGGUCCGGGAGCGGGCCCGGGCGGGUCUGCAGGGAGGGGGAGAGGAGCAGGAGGAGCAGGAGGAGCAGGAGGAGCAGCACCUCCCUACGGCGCCCCCUACGGAGCAGACGCGUUCGUGCCCGGGGGGCUGCCCUAUGGGGGAGCAGGGGGUUACGAUGACUACCUCCAAGCAGGGGGUCAGAGAACCCCCGGAACCUACGGCCUACCUGACGGAACCGGACGCAGUUACUAUGACGACGGAGACUCCCACCCCCCCUCCUUCGGGCUGCCCCCCGACCCUCGCUCAGAGGCAUCCUUCGGGGCACGCCCCCCUCCCUCUCUGCCCAAUGGCCGGCCCCUCAGCAUUGCCCCCCUCCCCAGGGGCGGGGCCUACAGGCCCAGGGGCGGGUCCUAUGUACCAGGGGGCGGGGCGUAUGUUCCCGGGGCCGGGGGCUACAUCCAGGAGGAGGAGCCUGUAGAGGAGGAGGAGCCCUGGCGACCGAGGCCACCGUUUCCUGGCUUCGCAGGAAGGGGCGGAACUCCACAAAGGCUGUAUGACAGGCGUUAUGACUCCUUCACAGGGCGUAGGCCUAGUAGCGCCGAGGAUUGUGGGAUACUGGGCGGCUGCGAGAACGGCAGGUGCAUCCGCGUCGAGGAGGGCUACACCUGCGACUGUCACCAUGGAUACCAGCUGGACAUGGCCUCGAUGACCUGCAGAGAUAUUAACGAGUGUGAGGAAGGCGGCCCGGCGUCGGAGUGUGUGAACGCCCGCUGCGUCAACACUGACGGAUCGUACCGCUGCAUCUGCUGGAGAGGUUACAUCAUGACCCAGGGGCCCCACUACUGCACCGCUGCCUAGACCACCACACCAGACCAGACCAGACCAGGUCAUCGUACCCAACGUGACCCAUGGACCAGACCCAACAGGACCAGAGAUGAAUGGCAUCCCUGAGACUUCAUGUGGACGUCACGCUUGCUCAGCAUUUCUGGUCGCUUAGCGAGUGUGGGUCAAACGAAGCUUUGAGGAUGCUUUUAUUUGUACAUGUUAUGCCAAGCUCACGCUACAGGAAUAUUAUUAUUAAUAUUCAAACCAAAUCCCAUCCCAGCAGAGCAGCUCUCCUCUAACGACACAUCUAAUACCCCACCAGACAGAAAAUACGAAGGAGAAUUACCCAGGGCUUCACAUCGCAAGACUUUGACAGGAGUUAAACACCAGGGUUUGAAUCUUUGCACACAUUUGCCAAGGAUACAAGAGUCUUGCUUAAAUAGAGCGACAUAUAGUCACACAUAUACCGCACUACAUUAAUAGCAAUAGAUGUAUCUUGUCCAUCUUUAUUUUUUAAAGAGCAAGUGAACCAACCGUUUAUUUACAUUUUAAACUACUGUCACUGUAAUGUCGUUUUUGACAUCAGAAUCUGGGCAAAAAUCCUGUAGUGGGAGCUUGGCAUUCGCAUCAUAAAAGUCAAAAAUAAAUAAGUAAUAAAGAGUAAUUGAAAAGUAAGUAUGAUCCUUGACAUGCAUAAAGUGAGCGGAUUAUAUGCACACACGGUUAGCACAUAGUUAACCUACAGUUAGCACAGUUAGCCGAGAUGAGUCAAGGUAAGAACAUAGCUAUUGAAAAAAGGAUAUAUUGACCAGGGAUGUUAUUAUUUUCUGUCAUUUUUUACUUAAAUAACUGAUGUCACGUUCAUUUUAAUGGCAAAUAUAAUCAAUGGUCAUCGCUGUAUUGUUGCCGAAGAGGUUGGAGAUACUGUUGAUUUUUACCAAUGUACAUAAUCGUUCACUUGUUAGGUGGUUAGUUGCAGUUUAGUGGUGUUUCAAAAAUGAUGUUUGUAUGAAUUUAACAAACUUAAAUGUUUUAAGCCUUAGUUUAUCCUGGGAUGUCUGGGGUCCAAUCCCAACACAUCCACUCCUGCCUCUUCUUCAGCACAACUGAAGUAUACGCGCACACUUGAUUAAACACGGCCAUAUCUGAUCCCUUUAUGUCGAGGCUUUCUAUUGGUUCAGACGUUGUAAAUGAAACCUCUGCAUUCGAUCAUGACCGGUUUUAAAGGGAAGUGGUUUUCUUAACUCAUCAUGCUCCUUCCUGUUCUCCCGUCAUGACUAUUAUUCUUUCAUCGCCUGCGGUUAGGCUUUCCCGAUUUGUGUAACGUUACCUUGUGAACGCUACUGCGGUAAAGUUUGGUAACAUUACCAAGGUAACCAGGUAACAUCGCCUGGUUUUCCAUUACCAUGGUAAACCAUGUUAGCCCACUAAGAUAACAUCACCUAAGAAACCAGAUAAUUAUCCAUUGUUAAAGUACCCACGGUAACAUUAUCUUAAUAACAUUACAAUACAGUGACAUACCCAAAGGAACAUUAAACAGUUCCAUUAACAUGGUAACAUUAAAACAUUGUUAUAUAAUAUAAACAUUCCUACAAUUUCAAAUGGAUACCACUACAUAGUAACAUCAACAUAGUGAAACUACAAUGUUUACACAAAGUAACAUUACUACAGUAGCAUUACAACAAAGUAACAUUACCAUGGUAACAUGGGCCAAGCUCAGAAACAGUAUCGCAGCUGAAAACCACAUGUUCACAAAUAUAUAAUAUAUUUCAUCAAUAUUAUUUUAGUUAUCAAACAUGUUCUUCUAAUAUAUCUGAUACCUUGCAGAUGAAAAGCGCUGUGUGGGUGGGGUCGGCAUCUGACGGACAAGACUAGGGUUUUAAGCAGUUAGUUGUUUAAUUUUUUCAUACAAAUACAUUAGAAAAGCAGUUUUAUAAAGCAACCAGAGCUACCAGCUCACAAUGACACAAUCGGGCUAACAAAUAAUUCUGAUCAUCCUCAUCAUCGUCAUCACGACCUUCUUAAACAUCAUCAGCACCAUCGUCUCCAUCACCACCUUCAUCAUCA